ACAUUUUUAAAUCAAGCUAUCAUAGACUUGGCCAUCAUUAAAUUCCAUUCCUUUGAUAUUAAUUAUGUACAUUUUUUAUGAAUUUUUAGAUUAGCUCCAAAAGGUGAACAAGAAGAAACCCAAAAAGGUCAUCAUGUUUUAUGCGAUGCGAAUGAAACUCAAACUCGCCAAGAUUGUGAAGAAACGGCAACCCAAGCGCAAGACCAAGAAAUCGUGUAUCUUUCACAUGAGUUGCCCGGAACUGGACGCCAUUAUGGGUCCACCAAGACGCAAGCCGGGCAAGAUUGUUAUCCAUCCAAUUCAUGCCCUCCAUCUCAUCAAUAAGGGUUUAAAAAGUGCCAAGGAGGCUGGAGAUCGCAAGGGUCUAAUGAAACUAAUGCGUCAUCGUCAGCAUGUCCAGGCGAUCCUCCGCCUGUUGGAGGUCUACAGCAAAAUGGCACGUUUGAAUAUUCAGGAGCGUAAGGAAUCUCCGCAGGUUAUGGAUCCCAAAUAAGCAGACAAUAAAUGUUAUUUAAACAAAUGACA